AUGACUAAAGAUACCUUGUUUAAGAAAGCAGCAAUAUCUGCUGAAAUUAUGAAAAAGUCACUCGAAGGCAACAAAGAAUACGAAAAAAUGCUAGCAGGAGAGACGUACAAUUCCUUCGACAAAGAUUUGAUAUUGGCCCGUACGAUCACAAGUGAAAUUGCAAGUGAAUAUGCUGAUAUUAAGUUGACCGAUCAUGAUUAUGACAUUGCGAAACAUCAAAAAUCAAGGGCCGAUUAUUUGUCCAAGUAUUUGUUCUUUAAAAAUGUGCCUGACAUUUACAUUGAACCGCCAUUUUUUGUUGAUUUUGGCUGCAAUAUAAACUUUGGUGUCAAUUUUUAUGCCAACUUCAACGCAACGUUCCUUGAUUGUGCACCAAUAACAUUUGGUGACAAUGUUCUUUUGGGAACUAACGUAACGUUCACUACUGCUGGUCAUGCGACCGAUCCUAAAGAGAGAAUGGAUGGGGUUGAAUUUGCCUAUCCCAUUAAUAUCGGUAGUAAUGUGUGGUUCGGUGCAAAUUCGAUUGUAUUGCCAGGUGUUACUAUUGGGGACGGUGUGGUGGUUGGUGCUGGCAGUGUGGUAACUAAAGACAUUACUAGUAACUGUGUCGUCGUUGGGUCACCUGCGAGAGUGAUUAAACACUUGAAGCUGAGAGAAGAAAGAGAAAUUGUAAUUAAAGAGGUCGAUACUUAG